AGGAGAACAGCCCUGAGGAAGACUGAUCAUCUCCUGCAAUUCUGAAAGCCAUGGCUGAGGGAUCAGUGGUGUUCAGUGAUGUGUCCGUAGACUUUUCUCAGGAGGAGUGGGAAUGCCUGGACCCUACUCAGAGGGACUUGUACAGAGAUGUGAUGUUAGAGAACUACAGCAAUCUGGUUUCAGUGGGACUUUACAUUCCUAAGCCUCAAGUGAUCUCCUUACUAGAACAAGGGAAAGAGCCCUGGAUGGUUGGCAAAGAGCUUACAAGAGGCCUGUGUUCAGAUCUGGAAUCAAUGUGUGAAACCAAGUUAUUAUCUCUAAAGAAGGAAGUUUAUGAAAUAGAAUCGUGCCAGAGGGAGAUAAUGGGACUUACAAAGCAUGGCCUUGAGUACUCCAGUUUUAGAGAUGUUUUGGAGUAUAGAAACCAUUUUUCAAGGCAACUUGGAUAUCAAAAUGGCCAUUUCAGCCAAGACAUAUUCACUCAUGAAUAUAUGCCCACAUUUAUUCAACAGACAUUCCUUACCCUACAUCAAAUAAUUAAUAAUGAAGAGAAACCCUACGAAUGUAAGAAGUGUGGAAAGGCCUUUAGUCAGAAUUCACAAUUUAUUCAGCAUCAGAGAAUUCAUAUUGGUGAAAAAUCUUAUGAAUGUAAAGAGUGUGGGAAAUUCUUUAGUUGUGGUUCACACGUUACUCGACACCUGAAAAUUCACACUGGUGAAAAACCCUUUGAAUGUAAGGAAUGUGGAAAGGCCUUCAGCUGUAACUCAUACCUUUCUCAACAUCAAAGAAUUCAUACUGGUAAGAAACCCUAUGAAUGUAAGGAAUGUGGGAAGGCCUUCAGUUAUUGCUCAAAUCUUAUUGACCAUCAGCGAAUUCACACUGGUGAAAAGCCUUAUGAAUGUAAAGUAUGUGGGAAGGCCUUUACUAAGAGCUCACAACUUUUUCAACAUGUACGAAUUCAUACAGGUGAGAAACCCUAUGAAUGUAAAGAAUGUGGGAAAGCCUUUACUCAGAGCUCAAAGCUUGUUCAACAUCGGAGAAUUCAUACUGGUGAGAAGCCCUAUGAGUGCAAGGAAUGUAGCAAAGCCUUUAGUAGUGGCUCAGCACUUACUAAUCAUCAGAGAAUUCACACUGGUGAGAAACCCUAUGAUUGUAAGGAAUGUGGGAAGGCUUUUACUCAGAGCUCACAACUUCGUCAACAUCAGAGAAUUCAUGCUGGUGAGAAACCCUUUGAAUGUGUUGAAUGUGGGAAGGCCUUUACUCAAAACUCACAACUUUUUCAACAUCAAAGAAUUCAUACAGAUGAAAAACCAUAUGAAUGUAAUGAAUGUGGAAAGGCUUUUAAUAAAUGCUCAAACCUUACUCGACAUCUAAGAAUUCAUACUGGCGAAAAGCCCUAUAACUGUAAGAAGUGUGGGAAGGCCUUUAGUAGUGGCUCAGACCUCAUUCGUCAUCAGGGAGUUCAUACUAAUGAAUGAUAAAAUUAAAACUCACUUUCCUAAUACUUUAAACAAAAUUCAUGUUGCAUUCUUAUUCUCUUUCACUACUUUUUGUUUAUUUUAUAUAUAUGUUUUUAAUCCAAAUGUAUUUCACUUUAAGUUACGAAUUCAGAGUCUAAAUUGACAUUGCCCUUGCCUGCCCUCCCCACCAAAUCUUGUACCAGUGCCAGUUGUUUAAGAAUUCUUUCCUUCCCCAUUGUUUGGUUCUAACUUCUUGGUAUUAUAUUAUUUUCUUGUUUAUAUUUCCUUGUGUUUUUAGGGCUGUCUUUGCUGAUUUAUGUAUUUGUGCUUGCACUAAUAUCACACUGUUUAAAUUGUGUGAUAUUUAAUAUUUUAAUAUUAGUUGUGGAAUUAUAACUUUGUUUUUGAAAUCAGUGUUAAUCUUUUUGUUUGAUUUCUCAAAUUUACUUUUUUUAUUGUAAAACAGAAAAUCAGAAACUAAAAAGCCAAAAUUAAUUGUAAUCUUACUAACUAUAGGUGACUGCUCUCAGUUUGGUAGAGCAAAUCUUGCUAGACUUUGUUUUUUAAGAAAUGUAUUCAUGGUAUGCAUGCUGUACAUCUGUUUUUAUCAUGCCAAAAAAAAUCAUGAUUGCCAUUUCAGUAAAUAUAUAUUUUUAUUAUUUUAAGGACUUUUUAAAAUGAGUUAUUUAUGUUAUUGGGCCUCUAAAUUUUUAGUUAUAAAACUGCCUUUAUUAAUAGGACCCAAAGUUUAUCUUUGGAUGCUUGUUUUUUUCUUUUAAAACAUGUAUUUUAAUUGCUGAAAUUAUUCACAUUUUCUUCUUGUAAACUGUUUUGUUCCUUUUCAUUAACCCUAAUCCUAAUGCCAUACUAUUAGAAAGGUAAUAACUGUUAUGAAAGUGUUGUUUAUCCUUUCAGAUAUUUUAAGAAAUUUUUUCUUAUAUAUGUUAGUGAUGUUUUAUGUGUUAUGUAUUAGUAUAUAUAAUCACGCUGUAUGUAUUGGUUUGCUGCAAGGAGUUGAUGAAUUAAUAAAUGUAACGUACUUAGAACUAUUCCUAUCAUAUAGUAUAUAUUCAAUAAAGUUUUUUCUGAUAAAUCCUUA